AUGAAUCCCUAUGAGGAUGCAAUUUUCUGCAGCUACUGUGAUAAAUUCUCCUGCUAUGAUCCUCAAGAAGAACUAGCUCACAUGAUUAAACAUCAUAAGCAUGCACUUGAGGUGCAGGGGCUGAAGGCACAAGAUAAUCGCAAGAGAUGCAGAUUAUGUGUGCACAAGAAUGGGUAUGACCAUGCAAAGGUCUUCACUAAUCAAAGUGCUAUGGACAAACAUAUGGACAAAGUCCAUCCAAGGUGGGAGGACUUGUACUCAUAG